UUUUUCAGAAUAGGCAAGGAAAUUACUCUCUUCAAUAUGCAUUUCAUCUAUUUUGUCGUCAUCUUCUUCGUUCAACUGGACAACAUUCAAACUACAAAGGUGCAAACGGAAAAAACAGAGUCGUUUGAUUUAUCAGUGAACGGAGAACAAAUGGGAAAUUUGUGGUUAUUAGCAGAAGUAGCCGCUAAAAUGCCGAAAGCCGAAGUAGCAAUUGGAAGACAGACAGGGUUAAACUCAACAAACCAAGAAGAGAGUAUUGAACAAAAAGAUGUGAGUAAAAGUAAGAAAUGGCAAUCUAAUGAAUGUGGAAAGAAUAUAACAAAAAUGGAAGAACAUAUGAGGACUCAUACCGGUGAGAACCCUUAUAGUUGCCCCACAUGUGGGAAAAGUUUCUCUCGAUCAUACAAUAUGAAAAGGCAUACGAAGAGUCAUACCGGUGAGAAGCCUUACAGUUGCCACACAUGCGGAAAAAACUUCCCUGGUUUAUCAGAGAUGAAAAGGCAUGCGAAGAUUCAUAGUGAUGAGAAGCCUUACAGUUGUCUCAUAUGUGGGAAAAGUUUCCCUGAAUCAUGCAUAAUGAAAAGGCAUAUGAAGACUCAUACCGAUGAGAAGAGUUAUAGUUGUCCCACAUGCAGGAAAAACUUUCUCUCAAACAGACUAUAUGAAAAAACAUAUGGGAAUUCAUACCGACAAGAUGUCGUACAGUUGUGAGGUAUGCGGGCAGGUUUUCAAACGAAAACCGUAUUUGAAAAGUCACAUGAAAACUCACGUGAAAAAUAGGCCACUCUUCAACUGUACUGUCUGCGGCAAAUGCUACCUGAAUUACGACCGGUUGAAUUUACAUAAGAAGAAUCAUGAAAGAAGCUGAAUUACGUGCUAUUAUUUCUGAUGUAUGCUAAUUAUUUAUAUUUUCCAUUAGUUAUAUUCUUUUCCCUUUGUCUUAUUUUAUGUUAUUACUGUCACCUUGCGUUACUCUUAUUAUUGUUAGCGCUUGUUCAUUAGUUAUUUUUUUUUGUUCCUAUAUACAAGUAGUUUUGUUCUUUC